AUGCCUCGCAGUGUCACCGUCGCUGCCGUUCAGUUCGCCUGCACGGAUGAUGAGGCUCAGAACCUACAGACCGCAGAGAGGCUGAUCCGUGAAGCCCAUGCGCGCGGAGCCAAUGUCAUCCUGCUGCAGGAGCUAUUUUCUGGGUUCUACUUCUGCCAGGCGCAGUGCGCAUCCAACUUCAAGCGAGCCCGACCCCGCAACAACCAUCCUGUCAUUGCCAGGAUGCAGCAGCUUGCAAAAGAGCUGCAGGUGGUGCUGCCUGUGAGCUUCUUCGAACGCAGUGGAGGGGAGCUGGAGAACAGUGCCAGUGGUGGUGGUGGCGGUGGCGGUGGCGGUGGCGGUGGCGGUGGCGGUGUGGCGCAUUUUAAUUCGCUAGUGGUGAUUGAUGCUGAUGGCAAGGACCUUGGGGUGUACCGCAAGUCACACAUUCCUGAUGGACCUGGGUACCAGGAGAAGUUCUACUUCUCACCAGGGGACUCGGGUUUUAAAGUGUUCAAGACACGCUACGCAGCUAUUGGUUGUGGCAUCUGCUGGGACCAGUGGUUUCCUGAAGCAGCGCGGGUGAUGGCGCUCAAGGGAGCGGAGCUGCUGCUCUACCCCACAGCCAUAGGCUCGGAGCCUCAAGACGCGUCCAUCGACUCGCAGCCGCACUGGACCACCGUCAUGCGCGGCCACGCUGCUGCCAACCUGGUGCCUGUUAUCGCAUCCAACCGCAUUGGUACGGAGACCAUCUCAACAGAGCGCGGCCCCAGCACCAUCACCUUCUAUGGCUCCUCAUUCAUCGCAGGGCCAACUGGGGAGAUAUUGCAGCAGGCAGGGCGAGAGGAGGAGGCGGUUUUAGUGCACUCGUUUGACCUGGAUGCAUUGUGGCAGCAGCGCAUUGGGUGGGGCAUAUUUCGGGAUCGACGGCCUGACCUCUAUUCACCGUUGCUCUCUCUGGAUGGAUCAUCGUAA